CCCUAACGCCGCUGUCUUCUUCAUUUUAAACACCGCUUUAUCUCCCUCCAAAAAUCACUCUGUCUCUGUCUCUCACUCCCUCUUCGCUACUCGAUCUAAUCGCCAAUGGCGAAGCGCAAGUCGCGGAGCUCCAAGGAGGCCUCGCCGGAGGCCUCUUCUCCGAAGAAGAGUAAGGUUGUGGUGGCGGAAGACGGCAACGUUGGCGAGGCAAAAUUUGUGGGAGAGCCUGUGCCGGGGAAUGAGGCGAAGACGCGUUGGCCUAAGCGGUACCAGGAGAAGAAGAAGCGUGUAGCUGGGGCAAAAAGUUCGAAUGAUUGUAAGGAUGAUUCUGAGGAGGUUAUUCAAGCUCUACGCCACUACACUCAAGCAGAGGUUGAUGGAGGGAUCGUUUAUGUUGUUGGUGACGAUGCUCAUGUCAAGGCUGGCGAAGGAGAACCCAAUUAUAUUUGUAAGAUCGUGGAAAUGUUUGAGGCUAUUGAUGGUGCUCUUUAUUUUACAGCGCAAUGGUAUUAUAGAGCUAGAGAUACUGUUAUUAAAGAUCAUUAUAAUCUAAUCGAUGACAAACGUGUAUUCUUUUCAAAAAUACGAGAUGAUAAUCCGUUAGAUUGUUUAGUUAAAAAACUAAAUAUUGUUAGACUUCCUUUAAAUAUUGAUUUGGAUUCAAAGAGAAAGUCCAUUCAAGAUUGCGACUAUUACUGUGAUAUGCUCUAUUUACUUCCAUACUCCACGUUCGUUAGCAUUCCAUCAGAUGAUCGGCAAACCAGUAGUGAGACAUCAACGAUUUCUAGUGAACUUGAAGAAGUUUCCCAAGCUAAAGAGCAUCACAAGACGGAGGUGACAUUACUAGACCUUUACUCAGGUUGUGGUGCUAUGUCAACUGGAUUGUGUCUUGGAGCAAAUUUGUCCGGUUUAAAUCUUGUUACGAAAUGGGCAGUUGACUUGAAUGAGCAUGCUUGUAAGAGUCUCAAACAAAACCAUCCGGAGACGGAGGUUAGAAAUGAAUCUGCAGAAGAUUUUUUGUUGCUGUUGAUGGAAUGGGAAAAAUUAUGUGUUUAUUUUUCCUUGGGUGGAAGUGUUGACUUUCCACAAGAGUAUUCGAAUCUCUUUGCAAAUGAAGAUGAUGAUGUCAGUGAUGAUGAUGAUGAUGAUGAUGAGGAAGAAGUUGGUGGUGAAGUGUUUGAAGUUGAUAAAGUAUUGGCAAUAUGUUAUGGUGACCCCAAAGAGACAAAAAAACGUGAAUUAUAUCUUAAGGUUAGUUGGAAAGGUUAUGGUUCUGAUGAAGACUCUUGGGAGCCAAUUCAGGGAUUGGGUAAUUGUAGGGAAACUAUAAAAGAUUUUGUUACUCGUGGUUAUAACUCAAAGAUCUUACCUUUACCCGGUGAUGUUGAUGUGGUAUGUGGUGGACCUCCUUGUCAAGGAAUAAGUGGGUUUAAUCGCUUUAGAAAUAAGGAUAAUCCAUUGGAAGACGAGAAAAAUAAACAACUUGAGGUUUAUAUGAAUUUAGUACAACAUCUGAAGCCGAAGUUUGUUUUAAUGGAAAAUGUAGUCGACAUUGUAAAGUUUGCCAAUGGCUUUCUUGGACGAUAUGCACUGGGUCGUCUAAUAGCGAUGAACUAUCAAGUUCGAAUGGGGAUGAUGGCAGCGGGUGCAUACGGGCUUCCUCAAUUUCGUAUGCGCGUUUUCGUAUGGGGGGCUUGUCCUACUGAGAAAUUGCCUCAGUACGCAUUGCCGACUCAUGAUGUUGUCGUGAGGGGAGUUAUUCCUCUAGAGUUUGAGAUGAACACGGUUGCUCAUGAUGAAGGACACAACCUUAAUUUGGAAGAGAAGCUUCUUCUUAAGGAUGCAAUUUCAGACCUUCCUUCUGUUGGUAACUACGAACAACAUGAUGAAAUGCCAUAUGAUAAAGCUCCCUUGACAGAGUUUCAAAGGUUUAUUAGAUUGGGCAAAGAUGAAUUGUUGGGUGUUUCUCAAAACCCUAAACCAUCUGAACAUCUCCUCUAUGAUCAUUGUCCACUGAAAUUGAACGAUGACGAUUAUCAACGUGUUUCUAGGAUCCCUAAGAGAAAGGGAGCAAAUUUUAGAGAUUUACCUGGUGUUCGUGUUCGGCCUGAUAAAAAAGUCGAAUGGGAUCCUGACGUAGAGAGGGUUUACUUGGAGUCAGGGAAACCUUUGGUACCUGAUUAUGCAAUGAGUUUUGUCAAUGGAAGUUCAUCAAAACCUUUUGGGCGUUUAUGGUGGGACGAGACUGUACCCACAGUUGUUACUAGAGCAGAGCCCCAUAACCAGGUAAUUUUACACCCAGAACAAGAUAGGGUGCUAACGAUACGUGAAAAUGCCAGGCUUCAGGGCUUUCCUGAUUAUUACAAGCUUUGUGGGCCUGUUAAAGAGAGAUAUAUUCAAGUUGGGAAUGCUGUUGCUGUACCAGUUGCUCGAGCGUUGGGCUAUGGAUUAGGCUUAGCAUGUCAAGCCUCCAUUACUCUUGAAGAACCUUUAUUUAGGUUGCCUCCAAAAUUCCCAAAUAUUUUGGAACGGUAUUCUUCUGCGGCAUCUGAAGAUGAUGCUUGAUUUUUUUUUUUUUUUUUUUUAAUUUUAAGGCAUCCAUUGUAUUUGAGCAUUAUUUAGGUGAUUGUAAUUUAUAUUUUUGUCACUCUGAUAUCUAACAUUGUUGUAUAAACUUAAUGCAAGCACAAUCGCGUAUUCAAUGCAAGUACUUGAUAGUUGAUAGUGUUA